AUGGAAAAAAUGGCAUUUACCAAAGAUUGGAUUGUUGUUAUAACUAAAAAAGAUGAAACAUCAUUGUCUGCUGCAAAUGCAUGGAUGAAAACGAUUGAUCUGUCAUCAUCAGUAGUGUCACCCUUUAUAUCUGGUUAUAUUAUCAAUUCGAUUGGUUACCGCUUUGCAUGUAUGAUAUUCGUAGUAUGGAAUUUGUUAUCAGUAUUUAUAGAAGCAUAUAUUAUCAUCAGAGUUUACAAUGCAGUAGCCGAACUUGCCAAAAGAGAUUUAUCACCCUGUCUUGAUGAACAAAGAAAAACUGAAUGUUGCAAGAAAUGUCCAGGUUUUAUACAGCGUACAAUUGGCAGAUGGCUUACAUUAUUUUACAUUUAUUAUCAACAAAAUGUUUUCCCAGCAGCAUUUGGUCUAACUUUACUGUACAUGACUGUGCUUGGAUUUGAUGGCAUAGCCAUUGGUUAUGCAAAAUCACAAGGCCUAUCAGCAUUAUGGUUAGGCAUUCUGAGAAGUAUUGGUGCUGCUUUUGGUAUUAUGGGUGCAUAUUUAUAUUCUCUUAUCGAAACUCAUUCUUCGGCAAGGAAAUCCGGAUUUAUUGGCUUAACUGCUCAGCAUUUGGCUUUGUAUAUUUGCAUUAUUUCUAUUUGGUUACCUGGUUCACCAUUUGAUCCAAUAACAUAUUUUAGAGAAAUUACUUUUGCUAUUUGGUGGCAACAAUUAAAAGAUAGUUUUGCAUUUGUUCGCGAUAAGAAUGAAAAUGAAACUGGCCCAAAUGAUAUUGAUUGGUCAACCUGGACAUCAGAUGGACAUUCUAUUAUUAGCGCUUUCACACUGCUAAUAGGUAUAGCGGUAGCAAGAUUAGGCUUAUAUAUGGCAGAUUUGUCAAUUUCACAAAUUAUGCAAGAAAAAGUACCUGAAAGAGAACGAAAUACCGUUUUCGGUGUACAAGAUUCAAUAGCACAGUUCUUUAGUAUGCUCAAAGAUAUCUUAACCAUAAUACUACCGGACCCAAAAACAUUUGGCAUACUUAUCAUUAUUUCUAUAUUAUUUGUAUUCAGUGGAUUCCUAUGUUUUUUCUAUUAUAUUCUUACGGUUGUUGAUUACGAGGAAAAAAUCGAAGUAGCCAAUAGCAAUGCAGAAAAGAACCAUAAUGAAUCCGGAAAUGUUUCAGUGAAAGCAAAUGAGAGCACCAGAGAACAUAUUUCUGCUUCUUCGGAUAUGCAAUAA